AUGGAGAGAAAACCUUCCUGCAGCAUUAUAAACAUCAGCAGCAGUGAUUGGGAAGAAAAUAGGCAGGUAAGUAUUAAAUGUAAGAACCACAGCGAUGGCGAGGAAGAAAGGAAGAAAAAGAGGAUAAAAGUCUCCAGUAACAUCAGGAAGAGGAAAAGAAGCAGCAGUAGCCUCACUGAUAACAGCAGCGAUUGGGGAGUAAAUAGUGGAGAAAAGUUUAAAAAGGUAAGUAUUAAAUGUAAGAACCACAGUGAUGGCGAGGAGGAAAGGGAGAAAAAGAGGAUAAAACUCUCCAGUAACAUCAGGAAGAGGAAAAGAAGCAGCAGUAGCCUCACUGACAACAGCAGCGAUUGGGGAGUAAAUAGUGGAGAAAAGUUUAAAAAGGUGAUUAUUAAAUGUAAGAACCACAGUGAUGGCGAGGAGGAAAGAAAGAAAAAGAGGCAAAAACUCUCCAGUGACAUCAGGAAGAGAAAAAGCGGCAGCACAGACAGCAGCGCUGGAGAAGGAUGCAGCCAGAGGCCCUGUGUUCAGGUCAGGAGGCCCCUCGCUUUGGACAUCACAAGCUACACAUUCCAUCGUGUACUUGGACGGGGUACAUUUGGCCAAGUCAUAUUGGCUUCCACACCUACCAACAGUCAACAAGUGGCCAUUAAGGUCAUCGUGAAGAAGCCACAGAUGGCGAACAGACAGAGCAUUCUGCGGGAGGCACGAGUGCUAAGGGUUGCUGCUGGGCACCCAUACCUGUGCCAUAUGCAUGCAGCCUUUCAAACACAGAACUGUGCCUUCAUCGCUAUGGAGUUUGCCAGUGGAGGAAGCCUUGAAAAUCUUCUCAAGAAGGAACACCACCUGAAAAUCAGACAAGUGAUCUUAUACUCUGCGGAGAUGGUGUGCGGCCUGCAGUAUCUUCACUCUCGUGGAAUUAUCCAUUGUGAUCUCAAGCCCGACAACAUACUGAUAAGCAGCGAGGGUCACAUCAAGAUUGCAGACUUCGGCCUGGCAGUGGAACAUGUCUUUGGCCACGACACAACCUGCGGCUAUAGAGGAACACCUAAGUACAUGGCUCCAGAGGUGCUAGCAGACCAGCGAUAUAAUGCGGCGGUGGACUGGUGGGCAUUUGGCAUUAUUUUGUGCCAAAUGGCCACUGGCUGGUACCCAUUUGAUGACAAACACGGGGAUGCAGCAUUGAGACACUCCAUCCUUGAGGAUAGGGCCAAAGUUCCAACCUGGACUCCCUCCAAAUUAGUCAUCCUCCUUCGAAAGCUCCUGAGGAAGAAGGCUUGCAACCGUUAUGGUGUCAAAGGGAACAUCAGGCAAUGCCUCUUUUUUGAUUCCAUUGACUGGGAAACUCUGGAAAACAGGACACUGCCACCCCCAUUCCAGCUAGAAGCUGUAAGUACAUUACUGCAGGGAUAAUGGGAAAACGACUUCUUUAUG